UAAACGCAACAACCAGCCGUUGUGGCUACUAUGGCAACUAAAAAUUGACUCUAGCAAGCACGCACAUGUACCGAAAUGCGACAUGGUACGGAGGUGUGUCGUCUCACAGUUUAAAUCCAGUAAGCAAGAAGUGAAGACGAGUUGGAUAGACAUGAAAGAUCUGCGCUACGUUUUGAUCCUGACUUUGGCUCUUGGGCUGGCUUGCUCCUUCUCCUUGCUAGCCGUGCAUGGAGAGAUGUGUAGUGCUGUGACCAAGGCGUCAGCCGGUGACGAUCUUGGCUCGCUCCGCCAGAGGGCUUUCACGGCUUUCCAAGCACAGUGCCGUGGAAAACCAGGCGAUCUCGGCUCUACCACAUCUUGUUCAUUCGCCCUGGAGCCUUCAGAUCCUCCUGGAAUCACGUUCAUCCUGCAGCCCCUGUACGAGCCUUUUCGUCUGGAUUUCCACGUGAAGACCAGGCGCGACGCCAUUUUAGUCUUGGCGGAAGAAAAGACAGAAGAAUCUUCGUUUGCGUGGAUAACCAUUGGUAGCUUCGACAUGCACAGGUCAGCCGUAAGAGCCUGCUUUUUGCUGGAUUCACCUACUUGCCAUGAGUUACUCGGGGGACGAUCGGUUUACGACCACGAGGAACUUCUCGUCAGUGCCGAAGAAAGCCGCCCCUUCUGGGUCGCUUACAAGGACAGCGAACUAUUGUAG